AAAGGAGGUGGUGAGAACAUUAGACCAGAGUAGACAGCUAUAGGAGAACCAGGGGACAGUGUUAGGGAGCCAUAUAGAGAGAGAGAGAGAGAGAGAGAGAGAGAGAGAGAGAGAGAGAGAGAGAGAGAGAGAGAGAGAGAGAGAGAGAGAGAGAGAGAGAGAGAGAGAGAGAGAGAGAGAAUAGGAAGAGCAUUGUGUCCUGGCUGAGAGAGUUACCCAUGUCUGAACAAAGAGAGAUGAAAGAGGCGAGUCCGGGCUACAGAACUGUGACCAUCUUCGUCGCCGGGAUCGCCGUCAUCGCGCUCGUUGCCCUGGUGACCGUGGGAGUGUUGCAAAACAAGCCCCUCCCCCAGAAGUACAAGUAUGGCAUAGUGAUGGACGCAGGCUCCUCCCACACGGCGCUCUACAUCUACCAAUGGCCGGCGGAGAAGGACAACAACACCGGCCGCGUCACGCAGACCGACUCCUGCAGGGUUGACGGUCCGGGUAUCUCCAGCUACGCCUCCAACCCGCGGGGGGCAGGGGAGUCCCUGGGAGAUUGCAUGCUGAAGGCCAGGCAGGCCGUCCCAAGCAGCCGGCACGGGGAGACCCCUCUGUACCUCGGGGCCACGGCCGGGAUGAGGCUGCUCAACAUUGAGAACGCGUCGGCCUCUGACGCUGUGUUCCAGGCGGUGGAGGCGGCCCUCCACAGCUCCCCGUUCUCCUUCCGGGGGGCGCGCAUCCUCAGCGGGCAGGAAGAGGGCGCCUUCGGCUGGGUGACCGUCAACUACCUGGACGACCGCCUCACGCAGGGCCAGGAGACCACCGGUGCCCUGGAUCUGGGCGGGGCCUCCACGCAGAUCAGCUUCGUCUCCGCCCGCUUCGACGGAACCGAGUCGCCCCACAACCUGAUGACCUUCCGUCUCUACGGCAACGACUACAACCUGUACACACACAGCUACCUGUGCUACGGCAAGGACCAGGCGCUGCGGAAGAUGCUGGCGCUCCAGACCGCGUCGGGACCAACGAGUCUGUCCGACCCGUGUUUCCAUCCGGGCUACAUCAGGACGAGGGACUACUCGGAGCUCUACGCCUCCCCCUGCGUCGCCCGCAGCAAACCCCAAGCUUCUCCGAGGAACUUCACCCUCAAGGGGACAGGAGACUUCGACUCGUGCCGGACGGCCGUCAAAAAGAUCUUUGACUUCUCCAAGUGCAAUUUCAGCCGCUGCUCCUUCAACGGGGUCUUCCAGCCCGAGUUGCAGGGGUCUUUUGGGGCCUUCUCAGCCUACUACUUUGUGUUGGACUUCCUGAACCUGACCGACACCUCGGCCCCCAUGGAGACCAUCAAAGAUAAACUCAGAGAGUACUGCGCCACGCCCUGGGCCGAUAUGCAGAGGCAGCAUCCCAGCACCAAGGUGAAAUACUUGGCUGAGUACUGCUUCAGCGGCACAUACAUCCUCACCCUGCUGACCGAAGGCUACAACUUCACCGCCGACACCUUCAAGGAAAUCACCAUCAUCAGGAAGAUCAAAGGCAGCGACGCGGGCUGGACGCUGGGCUACAUGCUGAACCUGACCAACAUGAUCCCGGCCGAGGCCCCCGACGCCCCCCCGCUGCCCCACGCCGGCUACGUGUCCAUCAUGGUGCUCACGGGCCUGCUGCUGGGGGUCCUUCUCCUCUUCAUCACCUACACCCUCAGCAAGACUCAGUGCUCCAACCCGCACAAGAUCGUAUGAGCUGAGGCCUGUAGAUAGGGGGAGGGGGGGGGGGGGGGAGGUGUGUGUGUGAGUGAGAGAGUGUAAGUGUGUGUGUUUGUAUGGGUAAAUGUGUAUUUGUGUGUGUGUGUGUGUGUGUGGGGGGGGGGUUAAGUGUGUGUGUGUGUGUGUGUGUGUGUGUGAGUGGGUAGGUGUGCGUGCGUGCGGGCGGGUACAUGACUGAGUGAAUAAAUCUGUGUGUGCUAGCAUGCGUGAGUGUGUGUGUGUGCGUCAGUGAGUAAAUCACAGAUAAUCAUUGUCAUCACAGAUAAAAACUGACGUGUGAAUCAGUGAUGACGUGUGUGUGUGUGUGUGUGAAUGAGUUAAUGACAGAUAA